ACAUUCAUGUAAAUAAUAUUGAAAAUAUGCAAUGUACCAAAGCAUUUUUUUGAAAAUGAAAUGAUAGCUAAAAUAAUAAAAAUAAAAAGAUGGAUGACCCUCCUGUAGGUCAGGUGCGUAAAAACAAACUGUUUGUCAAGCUCAGCAUGUUUAUCAGCCCAGCACUAACAGGAAACUCACAAUAUUCUCAAUGGGAGCCGGUGUUUCAGUGUUUGUGGCUCCCGUCAGAUAUUCUGUUUAUUAAUAGGAGCCUGUCGACACACAAGGUAAAUCCCUUUAAAUAUGUUUAUUUUUCUUUGAGGUGUAUUUCAAUUUGCGCUGCUUCGAAACAGUGGAAGAGCUUUUACAAUGCAGGUUACACCGGAAGUCCUCUUUAGAUUGUCUCUAACGUGACGUCUAAGUGCAUCCCCGGCUCAGUUUAGUGUCUCUGGGAUGCUGAGCGGGCAGGCGGGGCCGUGUUUGCUUGCAGAGCCCUGCCGUGGAGUGAUGUAGCAGGACGCACGGACACAGAGGACACAGAGACGCGGAGAGGACGUCUGUUAGAAAAACGAAUAAAACCCAAAACAAAGACGUUCAGUUCUGCAGCUGUGUUCCCUGAAAGCGCGAUGGUUUUCCACACGAAGCAAAUUUAACGUCAAAGACAGCAUCGCAUCCCUCCGUGAAGCUCGGACAUCUUGGUUCACUGACAGCACAGAGUGGACUAACGUCUCCCCUCCGUCCGAGCCGCGGGACACCGUGCUGUAGCGGAGCUGUGAGCUCGGCUCACCAUGGCGUGGCCCUGCAUUAGCAGGGCGUGCUGCAUGGCCCGCUUCUGGAACCAGCUGGACAAGGCUGACAUUGCGGUGCCUUUGGUCUUCGCCAAAUACACGGACGUCUCCGAGAUGCAGCACAUCCAGCUGCAGCCGCAGCUACACCCUCCCCAGGCCCGAGUUGCUAUAGAAACGCAGCCGUCUCGCGCAGAAAGCCGCGCCGUUCCGACUGCACGCGCGCCGCGAAGGUGCGUCUCCGAGGAGCGCGUGUGCAGCUCUGUGAUGCGCGAGGACUUUAAGCACUGGAAAGUGCGUCCCGAACCGAGCUGUAAGCCCAAGAACGAGUACCACGAACCGGAAACACCGUUCAACAGCGAGACCCAGUACCAGAAGGACUUCAAGCCCUGGCCCAUCCCGAAGAGGUACGAUCACCCCUGGAUACCCAAACCGCCUCCGAGCGCCUCCGCGGGAGAAGAUCGCACACCAGCUAGGUCCAAGUACCCAAAAAAGCACGUGGUGCUGGCGGAGGUGGACAGCGGCGUUGAAAAAAGCGCUAUAGCCGACAAGGUCCAGGAGAAGGACCUGCUCCAGGGCCAGGAGAGGAAAAAGCGUGUCAGCAAGAAGGAGGAGGAGAAGAAAGUGGUCCUGAAGGGGGAUGGAGAGGGCAGAGGGAGGGCGGCGGACGCCGUGAACAGACAGAUCAAAGAGGAGAUUUCAGGCGGCAGCUCCUACAAAACUGAAUUCAAAGCGUACAGAGACGUGAAGCCAGUAAAGAUGAUACGGGCCAAGUCCCAGUACCUGCCACCGGAUGAAAAGACGAGCUUGGAAACCAGCUACAGUGCGACCUUCAAGGCCCAGUUCCCGCUGCAGCCUGCUGACAACAAGGCCGUGGAGAGGAGGAGGAUACGCAGUUUGUACAGUGAGCCUUACAUAGACCCCGGCAAACAGGUUGACAGGUAUAGUCUCCCUCGCUCUAAAUCCAAAAAGUCUGGAGCCACAGCAGCAGGCCAGAGCAAGCCAGCGAAGAAACCCAAAGAUAAGCAAAGCACUGUGCUGAGGGGCUCCAAGAAGGCGACCUCAGAGAACCAGCCCGAGAACCGAUCUUCGGUGGGGGACAAGGAGAAAAGUAAAGAGAUGAACAACAAACUGGCUGAGGCAAAAGAGGUUGUGCUAAAACAGUACCACUACAUACAACUCUGCCAGCCAAUCCGAGAUAUUGGCUGGGUGCAGACUCUAAAGCAACACCUGUGGGGCUGUGCACUUCCCAAUCCCAGAGAUGCUAAAGACGAGGUUCUCCGACCCAGUAAUCAUCAUUCCCAGGAUGCUGCUGGAGGAGAACCACAGCCACCGCUGGAUAGACCCGGACCUCGGAGAGGUGGCGGCGUCGUACGCUUUGCCCUAGAUAUGAACCAGACUGAGUAAUUCUGCCAGGACUGAGGCAGAUACAUCUUUAUGCAGAGACUGCUGCUCUGUACUGUAAAUAUCUAGUAUUUAAGUUGGACUAGAAAGAAAGAGGUGAAUCUCACCAAACAACAAAAAGAUCUAUUAAUACAAAUAAAAAUCCAUUGCUAUCCAGGAGGAUUUCCACGUAAUUGAGACACGCAUGUUUUAAACAGCUUCAGAGGUUCCAGCUGUUUGACCCACGGCAUUAUUGCAAAGGUGCUACAUUAUUAUUAUUAUUAUUAUUAUUAUUAUUAAUAUUUUGGUUUCAUGCAUUUUGUUUUAUGUCAGUCUAUUAGUAUCAAUACCACACCAUAAAGUGCUCUGCAGCUACAAAAUACUGUACUGUAUAUUGAUGGGUUUUAGUGUAAAUAAAUCAGCAGAACUUGCAGAUGGGCAUGCUUUAUUAGAAGAAGGUCUGAAGUAAAGAAGUAUGCAGCAUGUAAGCAAGGACACUUGAAUCUGAAAUGAGGCCUUGGGACCAUGAGGCUGCAGGAGAUAAUAAAGGCACAAAGUUGAAUUAAUAAAUGAAUUUCAAAGUGAAAAAACAAACAUAUUUGUGCAAAUUUCAAAAUCAUAGUUUUUUGUUUUAAUUCAACCCUUUUUUUAAACGGCAACAUUUUAUUAUACAACGCACACUUUACAUUUUAAUCUAUACAUCAGUUAAUAAUAAACUUGGUUUUCUUCUGAUACUGAACUUGAGUGCAAUGUGCAAGAAGCACACUUUAGACCCACUUCUGCUGUUGUCUUUCCUAAUUACACAUUUAUGUUUAUAAAGACCAUAGAUUCAUAAAUCAGAUGGAGGUGCAGGUGGUCUGAUGGCACACCUGUAAAGGCUGCUUCCUCUUAUUUUUAUCUGAAGUACGGUAUGAGAGACACAUAUAGUUUAUUUCCCUUUUCUCCUAAAACAGCCAGCUGCUACCCAUUUGUUCCUCUUAGCUUGAUUUUGUUCACAGUUUGAGUCUUCCAACUGUUUUCUUAAGUUGAUGGAUUUCUGUUGUGUUAAAGAGGAAUAUGAUCAUCAGGGUGUGACGAUUGGAGUCUCUUAGGUUUGGUUACCAGACUUCUGCUGAGGUUAGAAGAUCAAGAAGACAACUGGCAGAACACACCUGAAAAUCCCAUGUGAGUGCUUGGUGAUCUUUCAAGAGCUCAAAGAUGUCUAAAACAGCCUCUUUUGUAAAGAGCCUUGAAUGUAUAUGCUGUGUGUGGAAAAUCAAAAGGUUUGCUA